GUUGGACAAAGAGAGAGAAAGGACCAGAAAGAAAAAUGACACACACACACACAGAGAAUUAUAGAAAAGUGGGAGAGAUAAAGGCAGAUUCACAGUGACAAGAAAGGAUGCAGACAGACAGAUGGACCCAGGGGUGCGAGGGGAUACAGAUGCACAGAGAAGAGAGACUUGGGGACGUGACAGUGGCAGGUGGGCAACACACCCAAGGGCCCGGGCCAGGCUGGGGAGUGCCCCCCACACCCUGCCCCCAGGGGCGCUAAGGCAGGGCUGGGAGGCCAGUCAUCCUGGGCCCGCCCCGGGCCACCCCCUACCUGCUCACCUUUCUGGUGCCUCCCACUACUAGACCUGCUGCAUCAGUGUCUGCCGGCCCCCCGAGCCCCAGCCCCAGCGCCCAAGAACCUGGGGCCUGCCCUCCCCCGCUGCAGGCCAUGAUGACUCUGCAAUUAAUCAUGUUUGCUCUGGUGACAGGGCACGUCGGGGGGGAAACCAGAAUCAUCAAGGGCUACGAGUGCGCCCCUCAUUCACAGCCCUGGCAAGUGGCUCUGUUCCAGAAGACGAGGCUGCUCUGCGGGGCCACACUCAUCGCCCCCAGAUGGCUCCUGACAGCAGCCCACUGCCGCAAGCCCCGAUAUGUGAUUCACCUGGGGGUGCACAGCCUCCAGCGGCAGGAUGGCUGUGAGCAGACCCGAACUGCCACCAAGUCCUUCCCCCACCCAGACUUCAACAACAGCCUCCCCAACAAAGACCACCGCAACGACAUCAUGCUGGUGAAGAUGACGACCCCGGCCCAACUCACCUGGGCCGUGCGACCCCUCACCGUGUCACGGCGCUGCGUCCCUGCGGGCGCCGACUGCCUCAUUUCCGGCUGGGGCACCAUGUCCAGCCCCCAGUUGCACCUGCCCCGUACCUUGCGAUGUGCCAACAUCACCAUCAUCAAGCAGGAGGAGUGUGAGGACGCCUACCCCGGCAACAUCACGGACACCAUGGUGUGUGCCAGUGUCCGAAAGGAGGGCAAGGACUCCUGCCAGGGUGACUCUGGGGGCCCUCUGGUCUGUAAUGGGUCUCUUCAAGGCAUCAUCUCCUGGGGCCAGGACCCAUGUGCUGUCUCCAAAAAGCCUGGUGUUUACACAAAGGUCUGCAAAUAUGUGGACUGGAUCCAGAAGACCAUGGAGAACAAUUAGCCAGGACCAGCUGAUCACAGCCCAAUCCCCUAAUCCCUACUUGGGGCUGUGGUUUCCUGUUCAUUCUGUUAAUAAGGAAGUCUGAGCCAGGACUCUCUUCAUGUACUUUGUGGGGGGAGAGGCCUUCUUGACCACGAGAGAUGCUAUUAACUUAGUAAUCAGUGUGAUUACUUAGUAAGCAGGGUUAGGAUUUGGAGUUAGGAGACCUGGGUUCUACUCCUGCCUCAUUCUAACUUGUGACUCUGGGAGUGAAAAUAGCUGUCUGGUUCACUGUUGUACCUCCAGCUGCAAACGCAAUUCCUGGCACACACUAAGGUUUCAAUAAAUAUUUACUAAACGAAUGAAUCUUUUGAAUGCUCCCAGUGACCCUGGUCCCAGGGCUUUUAAAUAUGUCGACUGACACAAUCUUCACAAAACCAUAUGAGGCUGGUGCUGUUAUUAUUAUACCCAUUUUGCAGAUGAGGAAAACUAAGGCACAGAAUAAGAAGUCGCCUAUUCAUGGUCACACAGCCAGUAAGUAAGAUGAGCAAGGGAUCAUUUCUUAACAAUACUGCCUUGAUUAAGACUCCUUUCCUUAUCUGUAAAAUCGUGCAUGCAGAAGUAUGCACACUCCGUCAGUCAGCCUGCACAUA